AUGGUCAGCGUCGUCGAGGCGGACCUCAUCGCAGGUUUUCUUGAGUGCAUCCUCUUCGGCAUCUUCUUCGUGCUCUCUACCACCUCACUCGCCCUCCUCCUGCGGAGACACCGCGAAGCACACAGCAAGCCGGCAACGUCGAGCUCAGUGUCAAGCUUGUCAAGGUGGGCGGCGGCGAUGUGGAGCCUGCGACAUUCACCGCUCAUCGUCGCCACUGGGUUGCUCUUCGCAACGAUUACUGCGCAUUGUAUCGUCACUGCGCGGAGGUUGAUUCUCGCCAUCGCCUACCACGAAACGCGCUCCGAAGCGGAGGCGUUCAUCAGCGACCUCGGAGAGAUCACGCAAGUCAUCCGACUUGUCUUUCUCUUCAUCGACAUGUUUAUCGGGGAUCUGGUCAUUGCCUACAGGGUGUGGCACGUCUGGGGACGGCAACGGGGGAUCAUUGCGCUGCCUCUGUUGACCACGGUGGCACUUGUAGCAACGGGUAUCGGUCUCAUCCAUCAAUUUUUGCUCAGCGAGCCGGGAGGUACCGUCUUUGACCCCAAGAUCAACCGCUGGAUCACAGCCUACACGACCAUGACAUUUGGAACGAACAUUUACGGGACUGUGGUCAUUGCCUACCGCAUCUGGUCAACGAACAGGAUGAUCGUCGGAUCCGGACUUCAGCAGGCCGGAGAUAAUGUUCAGGGCGCGCUGGCUAUAUUCGUAGAAAGUGCUGCGCUCUACACCGCAUGGGGCAUCUUCUUCGUGGUCGUGUACAGCGUCAAGUCCAACCUCCAAAUCAUCGGCACCAGCUGCGCGCCGUCGGUGCUCGGAGUAACCUUCAUGCUCAUCGCUGUGCGUGUGGGCCUCGGAUGGGAAUUCGAGAGAAAUGGGUCGACGUCGACGAGCUCUGGGAGCGUCGGGACCAUCCAGUGGGCUAGGCGUCCGCUCUCACAGAGCGAGGCUCAGACCGGCCCGAUGCCCCUCAAUACGCUCUCCUUUGCGGCCGUGCAUACAGCCAUGUCCACGUCGAAUGAAGGCGCAGAUAGCAACAGCAUACGCUCCAGACUUGAGAAGCGGACCGACGCUGGUGCAUUGGAUGGGACUGUCUGA